UAAAACACUUCCCGUUUGCGAACACAGCCUAAAAAGCAUUUGCCUUGGGUGCGUCGACGAUCUAAAGUCCUCACCAAUGGGUUUCUGCGGUUGCUUCGACGGAGGAAAGAAGAUGAAAGAAAGAAAACGAUCGGCUUCAUACAAACUUCCUCCUGAUGAAGCUCCCGAAGUUCCAGACACAUUAGCUCCGGUGGAAACCACGGACGCUCGCAUAAAAGCCGCAGAAGCUGCCCAGAAAAGGCUAAUCUCAAUCCCUUUAUCGCUCUUUCUGUUUUCCCCUUCUUCUUUUUCCUAUUUGCUUCGGAUUGCGGAAGUCGGAAAACUGUCAUCACCCAGAUUUGUAAUUUUUCCAAAAUAGUUUCACUAAAAAAAUCCCAUCUUUGUACUUCAUUGACCGUAAAACUGAAAUUAAACUUCUCUCCCAUGUUAAUCAGUUUGGAUGAUUUGUUUUUAUAUGCUUUAAAUGGCCAUUUUAUGCAGACAAGAUGAGUUUAAAAACUCUGCUGUAGGAAGAGCUGCACUAGCCGUUCAGAAAGCAGCAACUGCAAAUACUCACAGGGGAGAACCAGCUCUCAAGUGGCAAAUGGGCUAAUGCUUUCUCAUGCCAACUUCUGGUGUACAUUCACAAUUGAAAAGUCACGUGCCUGAGGAGUAAAGCUACGUUCAAGAAGGAAAGAAAAAAGACACUGCAAGAAGUAAAGAAAGAAAUAGAGGAGAGAAGCAUGGACCUGAUUUCAGUUUUGAUCGGCUGAGAAGAUUUCGGGAUCGCAGCAACGGACGGAGUGAUUCUCGACCAGAGAUGGACGUUCCGAAUAGGGCGGCUGCAGCAACAAUAAAUAGAUGAAGAAAGAAGAGAAAAAGGCAGCAAGAAAAGGGAGGAAUAAAGAAGAAGAAAACGGAGCAGCGUAGUCAAGAAAGAAGAGAAGAGAGCAGGGGCGCAGACCAAACAAAACAGCAAGCCUAUCAUCAUCCUUCGGGCAGUUUUUCCAUCUUUAAUUUCUGCAAUUUUCAGUUUAAUUUGAUUGAGUUUUCAUUGCUAGAUGACUCCCAGUAGCUAAAUCUUAGUUUUCCAAUUCCAAGUUAAUACUCUGUAGUUUAAUUCGUGAGAUUUUUGUGCUUAAUGAUUUAUUUGCCAUAGUAUUCUAUAUUUUUGUGAAUCAAUUUCAGUUGAAUUCAUGAGAUUGGUUAAUUUGGAUGCAUACUUAUUUACUAUUCUUGUGAGUUUAUUGCUAGUUGAAGUCUGAUUUGUUGAAAUUAGGGUUCAUUAUAGUAGUGACUAGGUGCUUACGAACCAUCUAGAAAAAUAUAGAUAUGAAUUGAAUAUUCACCCGUUUGGGAAAUAUUAUUCGUGUUGGCUAAAAAUUCACAAAGAUUAAUGCGAUUGAGCCUUGAAUCUUAAACGUUUGUUCUAAGAUUGGGAAUCAAUUAGACUUAAUUGACGGCGUUUGUUGCUUUUAGGUAUAAUAGGUGAAUUGGAGAUUAGUUUGCGUUUGCAAUUAAUCUACGCCAACUAUUAUGAUGAAUAAAUUUCCUUUGUCAAUGAUCGAUUAAACUUACAUGAGUUAAAACUUGGAAUUGGAAAUCUCUUUUUAUAUAAUCUAAACCUCUACUUAUUAGUUAAUCAUUUUUUUUACAUACUUUGCAUUUUUAUUUUCUUUCGAUUAAAAAAAUCUUUGAUUUUAAUAACUUGAGAAAUAGUAGUUAAUCAUCCAAACUCUCUGUGGGAUCGACCUGAACUUUCACUAUCUACGUGCUAGUUAGUUUUUUUUAUUUGGUGUUAAAACGACACGCACCAAAUUUUUGGCGCCGUUGCCGGGGAGUUAAGUAGAUUAGCUACUACUCUCUUAAGUUACUAGUUUUUUUUUCAAAAAAAAAAAACAUUUUUUUUCAAGUUAUUUAUAGUUUUAGUUUUUUUUUGUGUGCUGAUUUUAUUAUUAAAGCCUUUGUCUAUGUACAGAUUGAGAUAGUGCAUGACCAGAAGAACUGAGGGCCUAUCUCCUGAAGCUUCGUUGAAUCUUGAAAUUGAAUCAUUUUGUAGGAGACAGAACGCUCAAAGAAGGAGAGCUCGUGCAUCAGAACGUGAAGCAAUGGCUAACAAUGAGAAUCGCACCAUAAGGAAUUUGGCAAUGCCAAACCUGGACAAUCAACCGCUUUGCAUUCAAUAUCCAGAGCUCGAGGCUGCCUUGGAACUUCGGUCAGGCCUAAUACAACUUCUGCCCAAGUUUCACGGACUGCCAGGAGAGGAUCCACACAAGCAUUUGAAGGAGUUCCAUGUUGUUUGUUCCACCAUGAAGCCUACUGGAGUGCCUGAAGAUCAUAUUAAGUUGAGAGCUUUCCCCUUCUCACUGGAUGGUGCAGCUAAAGAUUGGCUCUAUUACCUACCAAGCGGGUGUAUUACCUCUUGGAAUGAUAUGAAGAAAAUGUUCUUGGAGAACUACUUUCCUGCCACCCGAACAGCUGUUUUGCGGAAGGAGAUUUGCGGAAUCAAGCAAACGCCUGGAGAGACCUUGUAUGAAUAUCGGGAGAGGUUUAAGAAACUAUGUCAAAUCUGUCCUCACCACCAAUAUACUGAAGUUCAAUUGAUUCAGUAUUUUUAUGAGGGCCUACUACCCGUUGAUCGAGUGAUGCUUGAUGCUGCAAGUGGAGGAGCUCUCAUUGAUAAAACACCGGUUGAAGCUUGGAGACUGACCGAUACUAUGGCUGCUAACUCACAUCAAUUCGGCAUGCGCCAGGAUGUUGGCGUUAAGCAAGUGAAUGAGGUAGCAAGUUCAAAUCUUGAGCAACAACUUGCUGCCACAAAUCAGCAACUUUCGCAGCUCACUGCUUUGAUGAUGACUCAAAUGAACCUGCAGCAAACUAAAAAUGUGUGUGGUGUUUGCUCUUCUAAUGCUCACUUCAGUGAUCAAUGUCCAUUGGUUCAAGGGAAGACGGAAGAAGCUAAUGCAAUGGGGUUUCCCGGUUCUUCACAACGCAGAUUUGAUCCUUUUUCGAACACCUAUAAUCCAGGAUGGAAGAGCCACCCGAAUCUGAGCUAUGGCAAUAACAACAACUCAGCCUUUCAAUCUCAGCCGCAACAUAUGCCUGGACCAGGGAGUUCUCAAUCUGGAGCACCUAAUCAGAACUCAACCUCUACACUUGAGGGUAUGAUGCAGAGGCUGGUAGACGGCCAGUUGAAGUUAGAGCAAGAGAAACUGAAAUUUGAGCAAGAAACUAGAGUAGGAAUGCAAGAUUUAAGAACACAGGUGGGCCAGCUAGCUACAUCUAUGAGUAGACUUGAGUCCCAGCUCUUGAAUAGGCUCCCUUCACAGCCUAUGAACCCAAAUCAAAGUGCAAAUGCCAUCACUCUUCGUAGUGGCAAGAUUUUGAGUGAAGACAGAGCCAAGAAGGUGUCAUUUCAGCUUGACCAAGAGAAGGAAACAGAGGUUAAAAGUGGUCUGGAUGAUGAGCCAGAUGUAUCCCAGCUGCCAGAUCAGAAGAAAACAAUGUCAAAUGACCUCGUUUGCAAGCUGAAAAAUGAUAAAGAGGCGAUUCCUUCCAUACCGGCUAAUGUUCUUUCCCCUCCUUUUCCAUCAAGGUUGGCUAAAAAACAGAAAGAAAGUCUGGAAAAGGAUAUUUGGGAUACUUUUCGGAAGGUGGAAGUGAACAUACCUCUCAUCGAUGCAAUCAAGCAAGUUCCGCGGUAUGCAAAGUUUUUGAAGGAACUGUGCACAAAUAAAAGAAAACUUAGAGGGGAUGAAAGAGUAAGCCUAAAUGAAAAUGUCUCUGCCGUACUCCAACGGAAGCUCCCUGUGAAGUGCAAGGAUAAAGGCUCAUUUUCCAUUCCUGUUACUAUAGGUAACAAGAGGUUCGAAAGGGCUAUGUGUGAUCUCGGUGCAUCUAUUAAUGUUAUGCCAUACUCGGUUUAUACUGCCUUGAACAUUGGACCCUUGAUAGAAACCGGUGUGAUUAUACAACUGGCUGAUAGGUCAAAUGUGUAUCCCGAGGGGCUGGUUGAGGAUGUUUUGGUGCAGGUGGGUGAUCUGGUUUUUCCAGCAGACUUCUUUGUGCUAAAGAUGGAAGAUAAUGAGCUGGACCUUACACCGAUUCCUCUUUUGCUUGGAAGACCUUUUCUAAGAACGGCCAGAACUCAGAUUGAUGUGUUCAAGGGGAUUUUAACAAUGGAGUUUGAUGGGAAUGUAGUGCGCUUUGAUAUUUUUGAGGCCAUGCGUUAUCCCAACGAUGUUCAUGCUGUUUUUUCCAUUGACGCGCUGGAUGUUAUUUCUGAACAAGUGAUGGAGUUUGAAGCAACCGAUAGCUUGAGUUUGGUGUUGAGAAAUAGCCUUAACAACCAAACAUAUAAUGCACUCAAACUAGCACCCAAAGAAGAAAUUGAGGAGAUGAUUGCAGCCUUGGAAGCACUCCCGGUGAAAUCUGGGAAAUUUAACUUAUCUUAUAUUGAUCUUCCAGUCCCAACCACCAAACUCUUCCCAUCUAUAGUGCAGCCCCCUGAAGUUGAACUUAAGCCACUGCCUUCUCACUUGAAGUAUGCAUUUAUGGGAUCAAAUGAGACUCUUCCAGUGAUUUUCUCAAGUGAACUUACUCCAACUCAAGAGGAUAAAUUAAUAAGAGUUCUGAGAGAGUACAAAGAAGCUAUCGGGUGGAAUAUUGCUGAUAUUAAGGGAAUCAGUCCAGCAAUUUGCAUGCAUAGAAUCCUUCUGGAAGAUGGAGCUAAACCCGUUAGGCAGCCUCAAAGAAGGCUGAAUCCUCCCAUGAUGGACGUGGUGAAGAAAGAAGUAAUGAAGCUCCUAGAAGUUGGAAUCAUAUACCCCAUUUCGGACAGUGAGUGGGUGAGCCCGACUCAAGUGGUGCCAAAAAAAUCUGGAUUGACUAGUGGUUUUGUUCUGUUUGCUAAGGGACUAGCAAAGUGCAAGUGUGGGAGGAUUUGUUGGGCAUUUAUUUGCUGCUAUUUUUAGCUAUUCAAGAGGUCCCGAUUAGUGUUUUUAUUUUCUAAUUAGGCUCUUAAUUUAUUUUAUUUUAAUAAGAGGUCAAAGGGAGAAAGUCAAUUUUUUUAGUAUGCAUUUGAAAGCUUUUAGACUAGGUUUAGUAAUUUAGUUUCCUAAGUCUGAUCUAAAACCCACUGCACGUGCUUUCAUUUAGUUGGGUCAGGAUUCUUUCUUUCUAUUUAUUUGCAGCACAAUUGAAAAGUCACGUGCCUGAGGAGUAAAGCUACGUUCAAGAAGGAAAGAAAAAAGACACUGCAAGAAGUAAAGAAAGAAAUAGAGGAGAGAAGCAUGGACCUGAUUUCAGUUUUGAUCGGCUGAGAAGAUUUCGGGAUCGCAGCAACGGACGGAGUGAUUCUCGACCAGAGAUGGACGUUCCGAAUAGGGCGGCUGCAGCAACAAUAAAUAGAUGAAGAAAGAAGAGAAAAAGGCAGCAAGAAAAGGGAGGAAUAAAGAAGAAGAAAACGGAGCAGCGUAGUCAAGAAAGAAGAGAAGAGAGCAGGGGCGCAGACCAAACAAAACAGCAAGCCUAUCAUCAUCCUUCGGGCAGUUUUUCCAUCUUUAAUUUCUGCAAUUUUCAGUUUAAUUUGAUUGAGUUUUCAUUGCUAGAUGACUCCCAGUAGCUAAAUCUUAGUUUUCCAAUUCCAAGUUAAUACUCUGUAGUUUAAUUCGUGAGAUUUUUGUGCUUAAUGAUUUAUUUGCCAUAGUAUUCUAUAUUUUUGUGAAUCAAUUUCAGUUGAAUUCAUGAGAUUGGUUAAUUUGGAUGCAUACUUAUUUACUAUUCUUGUGAGUUUAUUGCUAGUUGAAGUCUGAUUUGUUGAAAUUAGGGUUCAUUAUAGUAGUGACUAGGUGCUUACGAACCAUCUAGAAAAAUAUAGAUAUGAAUUGAAUAUUCACCCGUUUGGGAAAUAUUAUUCGUGUUGGCUAAAAAUUCACAAAGAUUAAUGCGAUUGAGCCUUGAAUCUUAAACGUUUGUUCUAAGAUUGGGAAUCAAUUAGACUUAAUUGACGGCGUUUGUUGCUUUUAGGUAUAAUAGGUGAAUUGGAGAUUAGUUUGCGUUUGCAAUUAAUCUACGCCAACUAUUAUGAUGAAUAAAUUUCCUUUGUCAAUGAUCGAUUAAACUUACAUGAGUUAAAACUUGGAAUUGGAAAUCUCUUUUUAUAUAAUCUAAACCUCUACUUAUUAGUUAAUCAUUUUUUUUACAUACUUUGCAUUUUUAUUUUCUUUCGAUUAAAAAAAUCUUUGAUUUUAAUAACUUGAGAAAUAGUAGUUAAUCAUCCAAACUCUCUGUGGGAUCGACCUGAACUUUCACUAUCUACGUGCUAGUUAGUUUUUUUUAUUUGGUGUUAAAACGACACGCACCACUUCAUGCAUACACUGAGUCUCUAAAAUUAACUACUCGUUACAUCAAUAAUUAUUCAAAAUAUAGAACUAUAUAUAUCUUCUAUUAUCCUUCACAAUUCUUUUGUAGAAUGAACUCUUCUUGUCGAACUUCUACCCUUGAUAAAAAAAAAAGUUUACAAUCGAGUUUUGCCAAUAUAGUUGAUGUUUUCGCAGGAUUCUGCAUGUUGUAAAUAAAAAGGAGAACAUCAAAUAGCAGAAUAUCAGAUAUGUGUAAAAGCUCUCGCCUUCCCGCCGUUCCCGAGUUACAAGCAAAAAUUAUGUGCAGCACAUACUUGUCAUAUUUCAGCAGUGUUAUUUAACUGCAUGCAAUUAUUUUUUCGCACAUUAUGUGUAUUGUAUGUUUCAUAAUCUCAAUUGGAUAGUUGUUCAUCCAUUCAAAAUGAAAUAAAAAUGUAUAUUUCAUGAUGAUAUUAAUGACUCACUGUGAUGUUGUUUA